GUACUGAGUUGACCGAGGUGGUCUUGCGCUCUUUCGCCGAGGCGCUCGGUGCAACGCUCAAGGUCCGGAAGAUCCGAGGCGACAACGCUCAUCACAUCGUCGAGGCGACCUUCAAGAGCCUGGCGCGAUGCCUCCGUGCUACCCUCGAUGCUUUCAGCGGCGCCGGAACUCUGGCGGCGACGCCUUGGGCACCGCGGCGCGGCGGGAAGCAGCGGAGCACGAAGGAGACAAGCAUUGAUGUUUCUCUUGACCUCGAUGCAACUGCUGAUGCUGGCGCCAAAGGGCUUUGCACUGGGCUCAACUUCUUGGACGCACUGCUUGCACGCCUGCGGGUGGCUUCUGGCAUCGAGCUGCGUGCCAGCUGUCGAGGAGACACCUGGAUCGACGACCAUCACAGCACUGAAGACGUGAUGAUUACGGUCGGCAAGGCUUUGGCGGAGGCGCUGGGCGACAAGGCUGGCUGCACGCGAAUGGCUUGGGCCGAAGGCCGUGAGGGUGCCGCGCAGGUUCUCUGCGUGAUGGACCUCUCCAACCGGCCGAGCUUCUGCAGCGAUCUCCGUCUGCAUGCCAGAGACGAAGAGUUUGUCGACGACGUGUCUGUGGAGAUGAUCCACCAUUGCUUCGAGUCCUUUGUCAUGAAUGCUCUGAUGACCGUCCACCUGCUGCAGGUGCCCAGCGCCGAGGCCAUCCCCGCGCGGGACGUCGCCUUGGCGGCUGCCCAGGCACUCCAGUCCAGGCAAUGGGUGCAGCGCUGA